GCCUUUCGCAAUCAUCGACUUUGAAUGUUUCGUGAUUAACACGUUGGGACCCGCUGCAAGGAGAACCAGGGAUUGGAAUGAUAGUUCUGAAGAGAAUUGCCACCAUCAUCAGCAUCUCAAAUGAAACAGAUGGGACACAGGGUAACUGUGGCAUCGAUUUAUGCAUUUGAUUAAAUCAUCCCAUUUUUGCCGAUCAUGUCAAUUUAUGCUGUGAAAUGGUUACUGUGUGCCAGGAUCCUUUUUGAUUGGGACAAUGUAUAGCAUGACUGAUAUCCGAAAUAGAUUAUUAUAGCAGUUAUGCUAUUGACAAUAUUCAACAAAGUGGAUAAAAUUACCACACGAUUUGGCGCUGCUGAUGCUGCCUUUUGCAUCAGUUCGAUGUUGCAUGAGUUUGGGCACUGUGGCAGAUAGGGGAAAUACACUGGAUGUGAGCAUUAGAAGACUAUGCUGUUUUAGCGCGUGUUGAAUUCUGUUAGCAUAUACAUUUAUGGGAAUGUGCGAAAAAAUGUCUGAAGCUCAUCUACAGUGUGGUUGUUGCGAAGCACUCCGGGGCUCAAGCUGGUCUCGACACUGAUAGACUAACCUACGUUUGUAGCUGAAGAGGAGACAAGCAAGCUGAUUAAUGCUUUACCACCCUGCCUAUCAAUCAAGCUGUAUCAAAAACAUAUAGCAAGCGUCUUCCUCGCCACCACGAUCUUUCCGGAUGUCUCUGCAAGACUAGGCAAGUCAGUCAAGUGAGGAAUCUGUUGCGCUCGCCGUCCGUGGAGAGCGCGGUUCGAGAGGUAGCCUACCCGAGCCCGUGUAUCUGCGCCCCUUGAUCAGCCUACGAGGACGACACUAUGUACUAGCUCCCCGCUGAUGAUGAUGGGAGGAAUCAAUGUUCUCACUAGAAACCUCUUGAGACUAAGCGAACUCUGAGGAGCUCUGCCUGGACUGCAACAGGACCAGACAGGAGAGAAGAGACCGAGACAGAGCAGACGUUGACUGCGUGCGCCAGGUUGGGCCUGGGUUCUUGCCUGCGCCUGUGGCUCUGGACAGAUAAGACAAACCUUCCCUGUUUGGGCAUUUGUCUGGACAGGUACAUCUUAGCUCUAUCCCAUCUACACUCUACCAAAGCAACUUUAAGUUGUAGCAUCAAUUUAGCAGACAUUAGUAUUUUGGGGUCUGACCCUAAGCCGCAUCCCAAAGAGCCUCUCCAGGGGCCAGUUUUGUUUACCAGACUAGGCAGUGGUCACCAUGCAGGUCUCUUUUGCCUGCACGGAGCACAACCUGAAGAGCCGCAGUGAGGACCGGCUUUGUGGUCUUCGCACUGCGCCACCCCCUGGGGGAAGCAGUGGGGGAAGUGGUGGAGGGAGCAGCCAAGGGGGUAAUGGCAACUACAACACCCAGGGCUCAGCCAAGUCCAGGGAGCAGUCAGGGUCCCGCCCGGUCCCCCAGGGCCAUGCCCACAUGAAGGAGGCAAUAGGGCGCCACAGCAGUAUGAAAUACAGGAACCUGGGGAAGUCUGGUCUGCGUGUGUCCUGCUUAGGGCUGGGCACCUGGGUGACAUUUGGAUCACAGAUAUCUGACGAGAUGGCUGAGAACCUGAUGACCAUUGCCUAUGAGGCCGGGGUGAACCUCUUUGACACAGCAGAGGUGUAUGCCUCCGGCAGGGCUGAAAUCACCCUAGGGAACAUUGUCAAGAAGAAAAGAUGGAGGCGUUCUAGUUAUGUUGUGACAACCAAGAUCUAUUGGGGAGGGCAGGCAGAGACAGAAAGGGGACUCUCCAGAAAGCACAUCAUUGAAGGUCUGAGAGGAUCCCUGUCCAGACUCCAGUUAGAUUAUGUGGACAUUGUCUUUGCCAACCGGAAUGACGUCAACAGCCCUAUGGAAGAGAUUGUCCGGGCCAUGACCUUUGUCAUAAAUCAGGGCAUGGCAAUGUACUGGGGCACCUCUCGCUGGAGUGCCAUGGAGAUCAUGGAGGCGUACUCAGUGGCACGUCAGUUCAACCUGAUCCCACCUGUAUGUGAGCAGGCUGAGUAUCACUACUUCCAGAGGGACAAGGUGGAGGUGCAGCUCCCUGAACUCUACCACAAGAUAGGUGUAGGGGCAAUGACCUGGUCUCCCCUUGCAUGUGGACUGAUCACAGGGAAGUACAAUGAGGGUGUACCGGACAUCUCCAGGGCUAAUAUGAAAGGUUACCAGUGGCUGAAGGAGCGUGUCAACAGUGAGGAGGGAUGCAACCAGCUGGCCAAGAUUAAAGAGCUCCACCUAAUGGCCGACAGACUGGGCUGCACUGCCGCACAGCUAGCCAUCGCCUGGUGUCUGCGCAGUGAGGGAGUGAGCUCAGUGCUGAUGGGUGUCUCCAACACUGACCAGCUGGUGGAAAACCUGGGUGCCCUUAGGCUUAUUUCACAGAUGACUCCUCAGACCGUGGCUGAGAUUGACUCACUCUUGGGAAACAAGCCCCACUCUAAGAAAGAGUCGCGAGCAUGAAGAGGAAACGAUGGAGCCAAAGACAAUCAGAGAAAGAUGAAGAACAGCCGAGGAACAUCGCUCUUUCACCAUCCAGUAUAAUCAACAACUUGCAUGUCCUCAGUAACAUUUUGCUUCAAGAAUUUGCGCAUAUCCAUUUUGCGCAUUGCAUUGUACCAUGUAUGAAAAAAGGAAAUAUUUUAACGUGCAAAAACAAAGAUUAUAAACUGGGUGGUUUGAACCCUGAAUGCA